GUGAAGUGAAUAAGUAUUAAGUAUGCCGCCGAAAACUAGUGGAAAGGCAGCCAAAAAGGCUGGCAAGGCUCAAAAGAACAUUACCAAGAAUGACAAGAAGAAGAAGCGCAAGAGGAAGGAAAGCUAUGCCAUCUACAUUUACAAAGUGUUGAAGCAGGUCCAUCCUGACACUGGCAUUUCGUCAAAGGCAAUGAGCAUCAUGAACAGCUUCGUGAAUGAUAUUUUUGAGCGUAUUGCUGCCGAGGCAUCUCGUUUGGCCCACUACAACAAACGUUCAACCAUCACAAGUCGGGAAAUCCAAACCGCUGUCCGUCUUUUACUGCCCGGAGAGUUGGCUAAGCACGCCGUCAGUGAGGGAACCAAAGCAGUCACCAAGUACACUAGCUCCAAGUAAAUUGCAGGCAGAAAUACAAGCGAGCAGCUAGCAGCAAAAGGCCCUUUUCAGGGCCACAAAUCAUUCCUUUCAAAGAAUUCAAAAUAUUUUUCCAUUACUGGUGAA